AGCGCCUCCCCUGAGUUCCGUCAUGUCCGGUCAUGCUUCGUCAAGUUUUUACCGGGAAAGUUACUGAGCUUCCUUUGUGCACUGUGCACACUAAAUAUGGAGAAAAUAACAGAAAAACUACUGCUGGAGAAAUGCACUCCAAAAACAACAAAACUGGAAGAAAUCAAGACACUAAACCUAGCCAACCUGUGUCUCCGGAGACAUGACCUGCCUGUUCCCCUGCUUUCUCGUCUCUGCUGCCUUGAACAACUGGAUCUGUCUGGGAACAGACUUCAGGAGAUGCCCCCGGGGCUCAGCCUGCCUUCCCUACGCACUCUGGACCUGAGCAACAAUGACAUGGAGGACGUCACCACUCUAAACUCCCUGACUACCCUGGAGGAGUUGAGGAUAGAGGACAACCUCUAUGUCACUAUUACUGACAAUUACAAGCUGAUGAUCCUUCUGCCCAAGUUGAGGAUUUACAAUGGGAAGGACAUCAGCACUACAGCCAACCAUAUGCGCUUUGUCAACAGUGAGAAUCUCAGGAAGAGGGUGUUGGCGGUGUGGGAGACAAGCUUCUCUCUCCAUUAUGUCCCAACAGCAGAGAAACUAGCCACCUUGGAGAGGGACUUUGUUAACACGGUUUGUCAUACAGUCAAAUAUGGCCCCAGCUCCCUGGCUGACUAUACAAAAUGGAGGGUGGAGAUGAUCGCUAAAGAGCACAUUCGUUCUCUGACCGAGCCAAAUGAAGAAGACAUGGAUACAGAAGAGCUUGCUGAUACAAAUAACUAUUGUAGUGUCCCUUCUCCAGCCAAGAGACCGCUCUCCAACUCAGCUGCUGCAUGUGAUGUCCUCCUCACCCCACAGAAAAAAACCAGAGCAAGUGUCCAAGUGCAAGACAUCAGCCCGCGUAAGUCCAGCCGUCAGAAAGACGUCCCUCAGAAGGCAGAGCCGCUCACAAGCACAACAGGCAGCUCAGCAAUCCGGACACCGUCAACCCAUACCAGGAUCCAGUCCAAAGCCCCGUUGACACCUAGGAAAGCCUUGAGAGAGAGGUCCCAGCCCCAACAGGAUCUGGCCAAGAAAAUGCUCACUCCUAUAGAGUCUGCCCUGCAACCGGGAGCAGUCAGUGAGACGACUGGGAAGGCGCCGGUUAGUCUGGAGCCAGUACAUGUCCUGCAGUGUCACAGUAAACAGGACAGCCCUGAUGACUUCAGUACCCAGCUGUGGGCCUGUGCCUUUCAGCCUCUGCUAGACAACUGUGGGGAUGUGAAAGGUGAGACCCGUAUAGUUGCAACCUGUGGAGGAGAGUCUAUAUGCCUGAUCGACUGCGACACAGGACUGGUUAUGAAGAAGUACAAAGUCCCUGGGGAGGAGUUCUUCUCUCUGGCGUGGUCGACUGUGCUGAUGUCCCGGGAGGGCAACGGUGGCCUGAGGCCCUGCAGAAUCCUGGCGGCGGGGGGGAAGAGGGGCCUGGUGAAACUGCUUCAUCCCAGAGCCAAUAUGGCGUAUGGAGAGUUCCGAGCCAGCCGCAAACCCCUGUCCGUCCUCCGUUUUAGCUCUCACCAGGGCAACUUCCUCUUCACUGGUUCAAAUGAUAAUAAGAUUGUGAUGUGGGACAUUGGUGGAGUGGACAGCGAGUACAAUUUCAAAGUCAUUCAGCUGCUGGUAUUGGAGACCAACUCGGCUCCCCUGCACGUCUGCCUGCCCCCCGCCACUCCAGAUUCGCAACUCAUUGCUGCCUGUGAUAAGGGGCUGCUCGUCUACAACAUCCAGCUCAACAAAAACACCAUGAAGAGGUCAGUGGAGAAGGAGAUCACAUUCCCAGUGUAUGAAAUGGAGGACAAAGACUGUAACUACCAUACAAUCGAUGGCAUGGGAUUCAUCACAGAUGAAAUUGUUGCCUCUAAGAGCCACAUGCAGGGCUCAAUCUACCUGUGGAGUUGGAAGCUCACAAAAGCAAAGAGAGCCAAUAAGAAGAAGGUGGUGUGCGCUGUGAUUCUGGCAGAGCUGCAGUGGUCCAGGACGGACAUCCCCUACCUGUCCCUCAGCACCUGCCCCUGUAAAGGCUAUAUUGUUUGUGGUGACGAAAGAGGGAGAUUGUGGACUUACCAUGUAACAGAUGCCCUUGAGGUCAAAAAGAGCGGCAAAACAAUUCCUGCAACAGAGAUCCUGGACUGGCCGUCACCUGUGAGGAAAGGAAAGGGCCCAGUAGAAGGUCCCUGUAUUAACAGUGUUGCUAUGGACCCUGACCUCAAAUACCUUGUGGCCCUCAGUGACAAGAACAUGGCAGUUGUAUGGAGAAGAAUUGAGUCCUGAGGAACAAAACUUUUCCAAGCUCUUCCCCGUGUUCACCAAUGGGUACAAAUAUUGCAUAGGUUGGCCAGAAUUGCUUCAACCCAUCAACUGCUUUUAUGUCUGUGAUGGUCAAUAUAGAAAGGUAGCUAUUUAUUGCUAUUGGCUUGGACUUGGCCUAUUUCUUGUGUUUGUUUGACCACACUCUUUACACUUUAGAGGUAAGUUAUACCUCUUACCUUAUAAUUUGUUUGAAAUGUACUACACAUAAUUUAAACCUCCCUUCUUGCCAUGCAGAAUCUUUAGUUUUUUAUCAUGAACUUUCUUAAUGCUUGAAUUAAAACCACAAAGCAUUGGUAAAUUGUUUAUACUAGUUGUACUAACAUAACAUAAGAAUAUGCAUAUCUGUAAUAAUGAAAAGCAUGUGUGGUGCCUUACAGAUUGUCUGUGUAUAUUUCCUAUUCAAUUUGAAUAUUUUAUGAUACAAAGUUAAUUCAGUGUUAUGUAAAUUUUAUCAAAAUGCUAAAAGUGACAAAAUGUAUCAUUUAAAAUACCCACCAAAGUAAUUUCACAUGUAAGAUUGAUAUACAGAAAUGUUUUACAUCAUGAACAUUCCCCAAAUUAAAUGGGCUUGUCUUAGCCGUUUUGUGUAAGUGACUUUAUGUAGCCCUUUGUAUGACGACCUCUCUAUGUGGAUCUUUCGACUCCUCUUCCCCACUGCUCAGACAAACUAAUAACAUGUUUAUUAGUUAACUAAUAUGGUGCUGUCCAUCGAUGCCAUUGCUUAUUCAACUUGAGUAUACUUUGAGCAAGGCAUUGUCUUUAGGCCUUUACCAUAGGGAGUCAUCUGGAGUGUCCCACCACAACCCUCAGGGUGAUGUGCAAUUAUUGACAUUUUUGACCUGGUUACACUAUUGAAAAAGUAUGUUUCUCUGAUGCAAGUCUGUCAAGUAUUGUUCAUCUAAAUAAAACCGCUGUAAACACA